AUCCGGCCGUUUCGGCGAUGCUGGUUGCAUGCUGCCGACCUCGUACAAAGAUGAUGCCAACCAGUUCAAGACUAUGACGGUUCGGCCUGAUGACAUAUGGGUUACUACGAUUCCUCGCUCCGUUUGUCGCCUGCUGCGUGCUGAAUCAGACUGCCCAGACCUCGUGAGUCGCGUGCUCAGACUGCACGUGCAGGAGAUUCCCAGGAUUAAUUUAAGACCGCGGGUGCGCCCACUGUUGGCGGUGCUAGCGGCGCGCAAUGUGUCACGCAGAAAUUCGUCGCUCCCUCGAGCAUUGACACUACUUAAUGCGCUCUUCACGUCAGCACCUGAUUCUGAUUUGUUUGCAUGGAGAUGGACGACCGUGUACCGUGAGUGCCUGAAGUAUUGUGAGAUGAUGGAUGACAGGCCUUCCACAGUCGGUGUAUAAUACUACUACUGUUAUAUGAUGCUGAUGUGUUGUUAUUUUCUGCCCUUCCUAUGUAUCUUGUACCUACUUUCUAUUAUGUUUUUCUUGGAAUGAUAUAUUUUGUUAGUUUAAGUUUCCCGGCGUAUUGGUAUUUUUAUUCUGUAAUGUCGUGUAACUAUAAUUGCAUUAAAUAAAUAAAUCGCGAACAAAUUAUUCCCUGAAGAAAGGAUGACUCACGUUAGAAAGGUCCGGGUGCUGACCGCUUCCGACUCUUCGUUUUUAUGGUGGCUAAUUGCACAUGAUGCUUUCUACAGAAAACAAAAGUGUCGGAUGCCUCGGAACGGACCUGGACCGCGUGAGUCAUCCUUAAAGAAGAAAAAUAUCUCGUCUGGAAAAUUUCAUAUAGAAAAUAUUCUAUAUUUAAUAUCUUUUGAAUACAUAUUUAGAGGAUAGAUAAUUUUCACGAAAGUUCGUGGAUAAGUAUUUGAAGUCUCUUUACAUUAUUUUUUAGUAUGAGGGCACCGAAGGCGCCCGGCAUUGGUGCAUUCCCUGUACGUCGGGCUACUUUUAGUUUAUGGGCGCCCAGGAUUCGGAAGUUAUGAGGGAACAGAUGAACAUACAUACAUAUAUACCCAUAUACAUACCGGUCAAAAACAUAACCCUCAUUUUGAUUUGCCGUAGUCGGGUAAAAAACUGGAAUAAUUUUUUUCAUGUAUAUAACAGGCACAACAUUGGCACAAGAAUUGGUUUGGCUGCUUAAAAACGACCUUGAUUACGAGAAGGCAUCGAAAAGCGUGCUGGAUGAGAGAUAUAUUUUUACCGGACUCGGGCUAAUGAGAAAUAAAGGUAUGGGAGCAAUACUCACUGAAAAGGCCCCCUGUCAUGGAAGUGUCAUGGAAGCCUUACAAAAUGAGCCUUCUCCUCGGUUCAUUAAGAAUCACUUUCCCUUGUCCCUUUUGCCAGGGAAUCUCCUGGACAUUGCUAAGGUUGUGUACGUGGCCCGUGAUCCUAGGGACGUGGCAGUCUCUUGUUAUCAUUUAACGAAAUUGUUGAAAAAUGGUCCGGAAAACUUUAAAUUGUUUUGGAAUCUUUUCAUCAAAAAUUUACUUCAGUAUUCUCCGUUCUUCCCACAUUUAAAGGAAGCAUGGGCAUUACGUCACCACCCACAUAUGUUCUUCAUUUUUUAUGAGGAAUUAUCAAAGGAUAUGCCCUCAUGUAUUAAACGCAUGGCAAAAUUUCUCGAUAAAGAAGUAACGGAUGAGCAAGUUGUGAUGCUUUGCGAUCAUUUGAACAUAGACAACUUCCGGAAGAACGAGUCUGUGAAUUCGAUGUGGCUGACUCGAAGAGUUGGUGACCCUGACGCUGAGAGCUUCAUACGGAAAGGCAAAACAGGCGGCUGGCGAGAGCAUUUCGAUGAAGAAAUGACGGUGCAGGCACAGCAGUGGAUGCGAGAGAAUCUCUCCGACUGUGAUUUGCGUUUCCCUGAUGCAGAUUUUUAGAUGGGGUCCAUAUUUUGUACGAUGUCA